AAUAAGCUGUGCGUUGGCGCUGUUUUUCUUAUUUGAACUUCAAAUCUGCUCGAGUUCGCAUCUCGCAUCGUCGUGCGACGUCGAAUCGCGCGCGUUUUCCUAGCGUUUUACUGCCGCGCUCGCCUGUGUGUGUGAUCUGAGUCUGUGUAUUACAACUGCUGACGCAAGUGUUGAGCUGCGAAUAGAGUUUGUCCCGCGCGUCGUUGCAACCAGAAUGAAGAUGCAACUUCGCUUGUUGUGCAUUGUGCUGUGCGCUGUUGCCGCCCAGUGCCUGUCGCCGCUCUCCAUCGUCGCUCAAGAGGAUGUCCAUCAGGACUUGAGCCAUGGAGGCUACGAUUAUCCACAGCCGAAGGUGCCAUUCACGGAUGGCUACUCCUACCCACGCCCUGUGGUGCCUUUCCCUCCACAGCCUGAGCCAGUCAGCAAAGGCUAUAACUACCCCACGCCAUCAAUUCCUUUCCCACCUCCACCCAAGUACCUGCCACCUGUAACGCCGACUAGCCCACCUCAACCCAAGUCUGGAUAUAGUUACCCGAAGCCAUCGAUUCCAUUCCCUCCACCAGUUAUUCCAACCAAUACACCUGCGCCUAGAUAUAUUCCUCCCGCAAAGCCGACCAGCCCACCUCAACCCAAGUAUCCGCCCCCAGAGCAGCCCAAGUCGGGAUAUAGUUACCCGAAGCCAUCAAUUCCAUUCCCUCCACCUGUUAUUCCAACCAUUACACCUGCGCCUAAAUAUAUUCCUCCCGCAAAGCCGACCAGCCCACCUCAACCCAAGUAUCUGCCCCCAAAGCAGCCCAAGUCUGGAUAUAGUUAUCCGAAGCCAUCGAUUCCAUUCCCUCCACCAGUUAUUCCAACCAAUACACCUGCGCCUAGAUAUAUUCCUCCCGCAAAGCCGACCAGCCCACCUCAACCCAAGUAUCUGCCCCCAGAGCAGCCCAAGUCUGGAUAUAGUUACCCGAAGCCUUCGAUUCCAUUCCCUCCUCCAGUUAUUCCAACCAAUACACCUGCGCCUAGAUAUAUUCCUCCCGCAAAGCCGACCAGCCCACCUCAACCCAAGUAUCUGCCCCCAGAGCAGCCCAAGUCUGGAUAUAGUUACCCGAAGCCAUCGAUUCCAUUCCCUCCACCUGUUAUUCCAACCAUUACACCUGCGCCUAAAUAUAUUCCUCCCGCAAAGCCGACCAGCCCACCUCAACCCAAGUAUCUGCCCCCAAAGCAGCCCAAGUCUGGAUAUAGUUAUCCGAAGCCAUCGAUUCCAUUCCCUCCACCAGUUAUUCCAACCAAUACACCUGCGCCUAGAUAUAUUCCUCCCGCAAAGCCGACCAGCCCACCUCAACCCAAGUAUCUGCCCCCAGAGCAGCCCAAGUCUGGAUAUAGUUACCCGAAGCCAUCAAUUCCAUUCCCUCCACCUGUUAUUCCAACCAAAACACCUGCGCCUAAAUAUAUUCCUCCCGUAAGGCCCACAAGUCCACCGCUGCCCCCAGUGGUGAUCAAGUCAGGAUACAAUUAUCCCAAGCCAAUAGUUCCAUUCCCACCGCCAGUUGUUGUGAAGGCCACAGUUCCGCCAAAGUACUUGCCACCCGUCGUGGUGGUAACCCAACGGCCACCUCAGCCCAAGCAACAGGGUUACAACUACCCCAAGCCUUCUAUUCCAUUUCCUCCGCCUACUCCGGCCAAGUAUCUGCCGCCGCCGGCACCCAAGAGCGAGGGCUAUUCCUACCCGAAACCCGCAAUCGCCUUCAAUUAUUAGGCCCGUCAAAUGCCACGCCCCACACUUAUUAAUUGACAGGAUUGCCUCUGCGUGCCCAUAGGAACUUACGAUAUUGAAUAAUUGUAAUUAACUAUAAUAAAUUUAUUUAAUAUUUAAUAUUAAUGAUGUACCUGAGUCUGCGCUCGCCGUCUCUGCAAUCGAAUUUUAGUCAUUAAAAUAUGUUUAUAAAACCAGCCGAAAUAAAUC